GAGUAUCACGACCAUUUUCGGGGCUCCUCUUAACAUUUGGUCCAUCGAGACACCCUGAAGUUUUCCCCCCUGUGGUAAGAGACUCAGGUUUAAAAAACUGGCACCUAGAAGUGGCUGCAGAAAAAUUAAAAAUUCUCAGCCCAAGGUAGCUAAAAAAUAAGGCUGCGAUCUGAGUAAAAAAGAGCUCAGUUUAAAUAUCGUAGUCCUCUGUUGUUUCCCCCCAAGAGGUAAGGAACACAGAGAAUAAAAUAAUAUAAAUGCCAAUGAGCAUAAUCGAAUAGAAAGAGAUUUUGUUCAGUGUCCUUCGAUUAUAACGCUGUCAGCAAUAAUUUUAGUGAUAAGAUAUCUUAUCUAAUCUUUUCGCAAAACGGAAAGAGUUGGUAAUAUUUUUUCAUUAGUAGUUGUUCAAGCAUUGAACACGAUAAGAAUUCCAAGCAUAGAAUGUAGGAGAUCGGACCCAUGUGAAUAAGUGAUUAACAGCAUGGUUUGAAAGACGAUCUCCUGCAGUCGAACCGAAUAUUUACCAUAUGUGGUGCACUUGAAGCACUUAAGAAAGGGCCACAUAGCAGGUCAGCGAGCAGUCCGUUGAUAAGUAGUUUUAAAUAGAUUUAAGAUUUUCAUGUAUGUUUCUUGUAAGAGAAUUGUAAGAAAUAAAAACAGUUUUAAAACGAAACUCAUUGGAGUAUCACGACCAUUUUCGGGGCUCCUCUUAACAUUUGGUCCAUCGAGACACCCUGAAGUUUUCCCCCCUGUGGUAAGAGACUCAGGUUUAAAAAACUGGCACCUAGAAGUGGCUGCAGAAAAAUUAAAAAUUCUCAGCCCAAGGUAGCUAAAAAAUAAGGCUGCGAUCUGAGUAAAAAAGAGCUCAGUUUAAAUAUCGUAGUCCUCUGUUGUUUCCCCCCAAGAGGUAAGGAACACAGAGAAUAAAAUAAUAUAAAUGCCAAUGAGCAUAAUCGAAUAGAAAGAGAUUUUGUUCAGUGUCCUUCGAUUAUAACGCUGUCAGCAAUAAUUUUAGUGAUAAGAUAUCUUAUCUAAUCUUUUCGCAAAACGGAAAGAGUUGGUAAUAUUUUUUCAUUAGUAGUUGUUCAAGCAUUGAACACGAUAAGAAUUCCAAACAUAGAAUGUAGGAGAUCGGACCCAUGUGAAUAAGUGAUUAACAGCAUGGUUUGAAAGACGAUCUCCUGCAGUCGAACCGAAUAUUUACCAUAUGUGGUGCACUUGAAGCACUUAAGAAAGGGCCACAUAGCAGGUCAGCGAGCAGUCCGUUGAUAAGUAGUUUUAAAUAGAUUUAAGAUUUUCAUGUAUGUUUCUUGUAAGAGAAUUGUAAGAAAUAAAAACAGUUUUAAAAGGAAACUCAUUGGAGUAUCACGACCAUUUUCGGGGCUCCUCUUAACAGUAGUGCAAUGACGAUCAUAAGAAUGAAAGAUCGCGGAUUCAUGCAUUUGAACGAAUACUGCCUGGAGAUGAUUUUGGACUAUUCGAAUUUCAGAGAACAUAUUAGUUUCUCCCAAACGUGCUCAAGAUUUCGAGAAGUGUUUGGCAUCUGGGCCCGAAAUAAAUACACCAAAGUUUCAAUUGUUGGCGAUGUAGAGGAAAAGGAAUUAGUUUUAAUGAGCCUAGUUGCCAGUAACAUAAAAGGUCUUACAAUUUUUGUUGAUGAUCUGGUUAGUUCUUUUCAGUCGCUUUAUAAUCUUGAAAGUAAAAACAGCCUUAUUAAAUUCUGUGAUCUCGUACAAAGAAUGCAAAAGCUUGAGUCAGUGAAGAUACGACAGACAAAUCAACAUCCGAUAACUGGGAACUUACUUACGGCUCUAAGGCACUUGCCUAAUUUGAAGCAGAUGCACAUUAGUACGCCAAGGCAGGGAACAAAACGUCUGGGGAUGUUCCAUAAAUUGGAGUUCAUCUCCAUAGAUGUGGAGCUGCCGUCUCGUAUCCUGCGUCGUUGCUGCGCUUCAAUGACGAAUUUGCGGACCCUUCAUUUAUCCUCUGAAGUUGGUAGCCUCUAUCUAAGAGAUGUUUUGGACCAUUUGCCGCAUCUUCAGGACCUGAGCUUUGAGAUAGACCGAUCUUGGCGGACAAGUCGGUUAGUUUGCUAUCCAAAAUGGAAUCCUAGCAGGUCCUUGAUUGAGAUUUUCAAUUUUCUGGCCAGCAGACGGACCCUGGAAGCCCUCAAAAUCAAAGGUCAUUUAAUAGCUGAAACCGAGGCUGAAGCCCUGGCCAAAAUAACAUCGCUAAAGAAAUUGGAUUGCCAUUUUUCAAGUCCCGCUUGUGUGCAACACCUCCGUAACCUCACAUCCUUGGAGAUUCUCCGGUUAUCCCACAUAAGUUCCGAGGAUAUAUCGUAUUUGUACUUGAAUGUAAUUUAUUCCUGCCAAAAUCUUCGCUUUCUUCGGAUUUUGGAUAACAAUAUUACUCCAAAAUUCAUAGAACGAGUGGACGAGGUCUUGGCGCCAAACGAGCCAACAAAUAAAUUAACACUUUUGAUUCACGGAGUUUAUACUGAGGAUGCACUGAGGGAGUUCAAAUCCACCUCGUUGGAUAGAAAAAAUGUAUUGCUACGUUCAAUGACAGCCACAGAACUGUUGGCAUUAAUUUAGUUAAUGCGAAAAGAAUACAUUCUUUAUAAUUCUUCUGGCUGGUUCCAGUUCUCCCAAAAACAAAACAGAAACAAAUAAGUCAUAAUCAAAAUGAAUAAAUGUAUAUUUAUAUUUUUAAACUUAAGCUUCAUCAUUAAUUUAGUGAAAUUUUUUCAUGCAAGGUAUGCAGCAAAUCCUACAGGCUCUUUAAAGAAAUGGUUUAUUUAUGUUUCGCCCACACAUCUGGGCCUGAGGGCUAAAAAAAAUCGUUAAAAGUAAAAAUACGGUGCUUGGUGAAGCAGAAUUUUCAAUUAUGCUCCAAACUCCGAACUGUUAAUGAAAUGUGUCAGAAACAAUUUGGCUUAUUUUCCACCUAUAGCACGAAAGCAAUUUAUAAUUAGAAAAGGCCCCUCAACAUAUAUAAAAUUCAAAUACAUAAAAUGUGUUUAGCUGUUGGGCUGUAUUAUUUUUUAUUUUAAUUUAUAUUUGUACCGACAAAGGCGCAAGGAGUGGGAGGGAAACAAAAUGGAAACUCCCGGCAACGGAAAUACAUCAAGUGCGGCCACAAAGCCGUCAAGCCAGGGCGGAAGUGGGACACACAGAUAAAUAUGGCGAAAGGAGAAUAAGUUUCUGGGCAGGAAGCGGCCACGCGACAUCCAUUGUGUCCUUUGAGGGACGAGCGACGGAAAUGAUUGUUUCUAUUUUAGAUUCCCGCCGACUGUUUGUUGGUUAAACUUUUCAAUUUAUGACAUUCUAGUUUUCCAUUUGAAAAUGUGUCUUUCAUAAAAAGUUUAAGCUAAUGAUGGCAAUAUCAGGGUACAGCUGAUGGAGAUAAUUUUGGUCAGUGAUAUUUGACUUUAAGACGAGUAGAGUAUGACAUAAACUAAGUUGUGCUGUGAGUGCAGUAAAGUGAUUGCCAGGCGCCAGUUGUUUGAUUACUUACCAGAGUAAUUGCAUUGUUUGACAAAGAGAAGCAUGACCUUUGUCAGCUUCGCCCUCAAGUGUCGAAUAGUCAAAGUUUUUGGAAAUCCUUUGGCUUCUUGACUGGCUUCUUGAACUAGACCGACAACCAUCAGGCAAUUGUGUAAUUGGAUAUUUCGAAACCUUUUAAAAUGUUGUGCAAAUUUCGUGCCAAGAUGCAGAACUUCUUGUCGAAGUGUUUCAAUUAAAACUUGCUCAACUUGUUGACACUCAUCGAACACGACGAAGACGUCAGUGUCGCAUCCUGUUCUAACUAAGGUUUUGUAAAACCCAGAACAUAUCCUGUCCGCCCUGACAGCCUGGGGUUUCCUCGACAACAAAAAGACAUUGAUGGUAGUUCUUAAUGUCAUUGUUGGAAGACUUUCAGUUCACCGGGAGCAGACAUCUGAGGGAGAUUUCAAUGGCAGUGUGCCAGAAGGAGGUGCACUUGCCAAAGGACAUUGCACACACCCAGGACUUUGAAACCAAUGAUUGACUUUGAGCCGCUGUCUCCAAGUCUUUCAUUUGUUUGCCGACAAGCUAAAAAUUUACUUUGAUUUUUUACUACAUUAAAUAUAGUUCAAUUCAUGUUCUGACUUCUACUUUUUUAACCAAGUGCUUUGUGCAUUUUUGUUAGCUUAUUAAAAAUUCAACGCGUAUGCGUAAUUUUCUAUAAAAUUAAUGAGUGCAAAUAUGGCGGAAAAAAGGUUAAUGGGCAGUUUUUUGGUUGUCAUUAAUUCAAUGGCCUUGUUCGUGGAUGCAUUUAACAGCUGUAAAGCGAUUAAUUGACCCUUUUUUAAUUUAAGAGCUUUGCUGAUAGUUGUCAAUAUGUUGCGAAUUAAUUGAAGACCGUCUACACACGCACACAUCCUGAGUCGAGUAUCUCGGUGGCUGUGAUUUGGUCAUACACCCACUCAUAAAUAAUCCAAUUAAUUGACAAGGGUGACACGAGACCUUCUUCUGGGACUUGAAGUAAUUGGUUUACAGCCGCCGGCGAUGCCAAAGUGGCGGUUUGAAGUUUCGGGCACAGGGCUUCAGGUGUGGCAACCCGACCUCUCUCACCUGUUAGGUCCCGGGCAAAGUGGCUAAUUGGCUGCACAGAAAGGUCCAUAAUUGGGUCGCUCUUCAGAUGUCGGGCCAAAACGCACCAUUUAAUUGAAUGUGUUUGAAAGGGAUUUGCGUGGAUAAAAUAAUGAUGCUUAGGGCAUGUAUAUUUUACAAUAUCAUAUUUUUUCAAUAUGCUUAAAUUGAACUCAUUGAAGCCAACGUGAAGUUCACUUACCGACUUUAACGCUCCAAUUAAUACAUUAAUUCAGCGAACCGACAAAUAUGAGUUCAUAAUUCUUCGCCAUGCAUUUUGUAAUUAACAACGCAAAUAUUUACGCCUGGCUUGAGGGAUGUUAAACA